AUGGCUGUCCGCCCUCCAGCCAUCCCUCACUACAAUCUCCACGCCUCAGGCCUCUUCCCCGCGGCCAUCUUGGCGAGGUCGAACUCGAGGAACUCAACGAACGGCGGCGUGGCCCCGCUGGCGGCUGCUGAGGCAAGUUCAGCCUUCGGGCUGUCCGUGCGGAUGGGCAUCCAUUGGGGUAACCCGCACUUUGAAGCAGAUCCCCAGUGA